ACUUCGCAGGCGGCAGGAGGGACCUCGGGGCUACGCUCUGAACUUUGACUCCUGCCGGUCCCAGCCAUCAUCCCCCACCAACCAACCCCGGGGCUCCCCUUGGCUCCCCGCUGCGGGUCUCCCCCUCCCCACCCCCCUCGGCCCCCCUCUCGCUCGGCCUCGCAGGAUGCAGAUCUCACCCUUGCUGGCUGGUGGACUUUUACUCGCUCUGCUCUCCGUCAGGCUGGAGGCGAAGCCGGCGUCUCAGCUCCCACAGAAGCCGCGGGAGGCCCGGGAGGCACGGACCGAAUCCCGGCCGCGGGCGGGUUGGGCUCGGCUGCUGCAGGACCCGCCGGGCCGCCGCCACAAGGGCCUCCAUAAGAAAGGGCUGGGCAAAGGCUGCUUCGGCCUCAAGCUGGACCGCAUCGGCGCCAUGAGCGGCCUCGGCUGCUGAGGGACCCCUGGCGGCGGGCUUUGAAUCCAUAGUCCAUUUUCUCCUGCCGUGGCCAGGCAGGGCCGUCCCCCAGGCAACGCCUAGAAGAGCAGAGACCCUCCCCAGAUCGGACAAAAGAUGUGGCUGUGUUUUUCUUUUUGGUACGAGGAGUCAUGGCACCAGCUGUUUUGGUUUUGUUAUUUUUUUAAAAAGUGCUCUCUAUCUUAUAUAUAUUAUAUAUACAAACACUCACCGAGACAAGGGACAGUGCUUUUCCAGAGACUGAUGAAGCCAGCUGUAUAACGUUGCUGUUUGUAAAUUCAUGUCAUGCAUAAAUGUAUUUAUGUUGUAAAGCUAUUUAUAUAUUGUUUAUAAAGAGAUAUUUAUAAAAAAAUUAUUUAUGUAACUAAAUGAAAAGUCAAGCAUUGUAACAUUUUUUGUCCUAAGUAGUUGAAAAACUUUAAAAAGAAAAAAAAAAUCAUUCCGUGUG